GGGACGUGCCUGCCCCCGCUUCCCGCAUAUAUAAACCCCAGCAUUUCCAUGAACACACCACGUACAAAUUCGCUAGCCAUCGAUGAUCGAUCCCUGUAUGUACUAAGUACGUAGCAGUCUGCAGAGUUGCACCACGUCCUGCUCUGUACACUCCAUUUCUAGUGUCCUGGGUAAAUGGAUUGGCUGAUCGUGUUGCAGCUUCUCACGUCGGCCGUCUGCGUCCUGGCGAUCUCGUGCCGCUACUACUGCUACUACAGCCGCGUUAUGAAAGCCAAGAAAAUCACGGCUAGCAGGCGGCGUUCGUUGGGGCUAACCCAGUGGCCGAUCGUGGGCAUCCUGCCGGCCAUCGUGGGCAACAUCCACCGGAUCCUGGACGGCGUCACGGCGCUUCUGGCAAGUUCCGACAUGAACUUCCAGUGCCGCUUCUGGUUCGCGGGCUUCCGCUACUUCAUCACCUGCGACCCGGCCAACGUGCGCCACAUCUUCACCUCCAACUUCGAGAACUACCCGAAAGGCGACGUCUUCGCGGAGAUGUUCGACAUCCUCGGCGGCGGCGUCUUCAGCUCCGACGGCGACCGAUGGCGCCGGCAGCGGGCCAAGGCCCAGAUGCUCAUGACCACGCCCCGCUACAGGGCCUUCGUGGCCCGCUCCAGCCUCGACAAGGUGGACAAGAGCGUCCUCCCGUUUCUGUCCCACGUGGCAUCCACGUCGGACGCCACGUGUGACCUCCAGGAUGUCUUCACAAGAUGGUCCUUCGACACGACCUGCAACCUCGUCUUCGGCGUCGACCCCGGGUGCCUGGCCAUCGGGUUGCCCGACGUGCCGUUCGCGCGCGCCAUGGACGACGUGCUCCGCACCGUGUUCCUGCGGCACGUCAUGCCGGUCACGUGCUGGAAGUCCAUGCGGUGGCUGAACGUCGGGCACGAGAAGAAGAACGCCGAGGCCCGGCGCACGGCCGACAGCUUCGUGGCCGCCACCAUCGCGAGCCGGAGAGCGGCUUACGAGACACGGGACGCCGACAAGUCAGCCGCUGACUUGCUCUCCUCCUUCAUCUGCGACGACGACAUCUCCAACGACCCGGAAGCCGACGUGUACAUCCGGGACAUGACCAUGAACCUGCUAGUGGCCGGCCGCGACGCCACGAGCUCGGCGCUCUCCUGGUUCAUGUACCUCAUCGCCACGAACCCACGCGUGGAGAAGAAGCUCCUGGAGGAACUCGCCCCCAUCGCGGCCCGCAAGCCGCCGCCGUGCCACAACAACAACGGCAGCGCCAUGGUGAGUUUCGAGGCGUCCGAGCUGAAGAACUUGCUCUACCUCCACGCGACGGUGUGCGAGUGUUUGCGUCUGUACCCUUCACUCCCCAUGGAGCACAAGGCCGUGGUGUCCCGCGACGUGCUCCCGAGCGGGCACGAGGUGCGUCCGGGGGACAAGAUUUUGGUGUUCAAUUACUCCAUGGGGAGGAUGAAGCGCGUGUGGGGGCCGGAUCGCAGGGAGUUCAGGCCGGAGCGGUGGAUCUCCGAGGACGGGAAGCUGAGGUACGUGCCGUCCAACAAGUUUGUGGCGUUCAACUCCGGCCCCAGGACGUGCCUCGGCAAGGAGAUGGUGCUCGUGCAGAUGAAGGUCACCGUGGCCGCCGUGGCCUGGAACUUCGCCAUCCAGGUUGUGCCGGGGCAUGUCGUGGAGCCUAAGCUGUCCAUCAUACUGCAUAUGAAGAACGGGCUCCGGGUCAGGGUUGCCCGGAGGAGAUCAUCGGCAAAGCUGCAGUAAUUUGGUUAAGUACUAAUGUAAUUGUCAUUUUUAUACGUGUGGUUCAUAUAUAUGUUGUGUCUGCAUGUGCAGACAAGUAUGAUUGAUUGAUUGAUGCAGAGUGGGUAUACGUACACUGUAAAGCAUGGUGAUCGACUAGUACAAAUGUUCCGUCCAUUAUUAGUUGUAUCAAAUAUCGUUGAUUCGAAUUAAUGAGCGAAAUCCGUA